AUGCACCAGCGAGGAAAAGGUUUGCAGCCGGAUUCCGGGGAAGGUUUCCUUGGAAAAGCCUCUCUUCAUAGCCAAGUUAAUGAAGGGAUCUUUUCCCAGUCUGAGGUGACCCAAGAGAAGGGGAAGAAGAUGGAAGAAGAGAACCCAGGAGGUUCUGGAACUGGCAAAACAGCAAGCAAAGGGUCCCAUCCCAUCCAAGCUGGGAGUGGUGUUGCAUUCUGGGAAAAAGCUGUGCCGCAGAUCCUGGCUAAGGACGGCGUAACAUCAGAUGAACACUGCCAGCUCUUCCGGCUGUUCUGCUAUCAUGAAGCCGAUGGGCCCCGAGAGAUGCUCAAACCAUUCCUGAAGACAGAUGCUACAAUCCCUGAGGCAGAAGGAGCUCUGUGCAAGGAAGACCAGAGAGCGCACGUCAUGGAGAGUGCCCAAGAUUCCCUUUUCUUUGGAACAGGCAGUGAAGAGAUGCUGUUGAGCCGUCAUCUUUCCAGAGGUGCGGAAACAGCUGCAGUCCAGGGACCCUUUUCCUUUGAGGAAGUGUCCGUCUGUUUCUCUGAGGCAGAGUGGGCCCUGCUGGAUCCGGGACAAAUUGAUCUGCACAGGGAAGUCAUGCUGGAGAAUUAUGGGAAUGUGGCCUUUCUGGCAGAGGAUGAUCAGAGGAAUGAGGAGGCUGAAGAACUCGAUCAGCAAAUGCCAGAUAGAGUUAAAAAUGAUGACUUGAAAGAAAAUAUCAGGAAUCGAGGCAGUCUUAUGAAUGAGCAGAGAUAUGGAAUACAGCAUAAUGUAAAUUUUCCAAAGCACAGGAUAAUGAAGGCAAGUAAAUCCAUACAGAACUGUGAAAAGAGAUUCCGUACAAGGGGGAGUCUUCAAGUGCAUCACAGAACCCAUACAGGGGAGAAACCUUUUCAAUGUUCUAUAUGUGGAAAGAGAUUUGGUAACAGAGGGCAUCUUCGAAUGCAUCAGAGAACACACACAGGGGAGAAACCCUUUGAAUGUUCAGUGUGUGGCAAGAGAUUCAGUAACAAGGGGACUCUUCAAUUGCAUCAAAGAACCCACACAGGGGAGAAACCUUUUGAAUGCUCAAUGUGCGGAAAGAGAUUCAGUGUAAGUGGGAGUCUUAAACUGCAUCAAAGAACCCACACAGGGGAGAAACCUGUUCAAUGUUCUGUAUGUGGAAAGAGAUUUGGUAACAGGGGGUAUCUUCGAAUGCAUCAGAGAACACACACAGGGGAGAAACCCUUUGACUGUUCAGUGUGUGGAAAGAGUUUCAGUAACAAGGGAAAUCUUCAGAAGCAUCAGAGAAUCCACACAGGGGAGAAACCUUUUGAAUGCUCAGAGUGUGGAAAAAGAUUCAAUCAGAGUGGCGCUCUUAAACUGCACCAGAGAACCCACACAGGGGAAAAACCUUAUGAAUGCUCAGACUGUGGAAAGACAUUUAGUUGUAGUGCUCGUCUUCAACUGCAUCAGAGAACACACACAGGAGAGAAACCCUUUCAAUGCUCAGAGUGUGGAAAGAAAUUCAGUUCUAGUGGCAAUCUUCAACUGCAUCAGAGAACACACACAGGUGAGAAACCAUAUGAAUGUUCAGAGUGUGGAAAGAGAUUCAGUACGAGUAGCAGCCUUCAGCAGCACCUAAGAACCCACACAGCAGAAAAACCCUUUGAAUGCUCAGAAUGUGGAAAGAGAUUCAGUCAGAGUGGUGAUCUUCAACGGCACCGAAGAACCCACACAGGAGAAAAACCUUUUGAAUGCUUAGAGUGUAGAAAGAAAUUCAGUUCAAAUGGUAUUCUUCAAGAGCAUCUUAAAACCCACACAGGGGAGAAACCUUUUGCAUGCUCAGUGUGUGGAAAGAGAUUCAGUCAGCGCGGCACUCUUCAACGGCACCAAAGAACCCACACAGGGGAGAAACUUUUUGAAUGCUCAGACUGUGGAAAGAGAUUCGGUAGCAGUGGAAGUCUUCAGUAUCAUCAGAAAACCCACACAGGGGACAAACCUUUUGAAUGCUCAGAGUGUGGAAAGAGAUUCAGUAGCAGUGGAGGUCUACAGUCUCAUCAGAGAACCCACACAGGAGAUAAACCUUUUGAAUGCUCAGAGUGUGGAAAGAAAUUCAGUCAGAGUAGUGGUCUUCAAGUACACAGAAGGACCCACACAGGGGAGAAGCCUUUUGAAUGCUCAAUGUUCAAACCAUCCCUGAGGACAGAAGCUACAAUCCCUGAGGCAGAAGGAGAUCCAUCCGUGGAAGAUCAGAGAGUGCCGGUCAUGGAGCAUGCCCAAGAGUCCCUUUCCCGUGGUAAGCACUUGUAG